AUGGGAUUUGAUGAAGAGUUAUGGACUUGCAUCAAUGGAUCAGUUCAGCCACCAACAAAUGUUCAAACUUUAGGUUCGUUUGGAACUACUUCUGCUGUUGAAGAUCAACAAACAAGACUGAAGAACAAUGAAAAGAGAUGCAUGAGAGAGUUGAGAGGUGCUUUGCCACCUGUUGUUUACAACUACAUUCGUGGUUGUAAAAUAGCUAAGGAGAUUUGGGAUACUCUUAAAGAGAAGUAUCAAGGAAGUGAAAAGACAAAGAUCAAUUCUAUAAAGCAAUGUUUGGUUGAACUGAAGGAGUUCAGACAGAAGGAAACAAAAUCAAUUGAAAGCUAUUACGAUCGUCUAAAUAAGUUGAUCUACAGGUGUAACCGCUACGGAAUAACAAGGUCCUUAAUAGAGUAUAAUCUUACUUUUGUGAUAGGACUGAGGAAGGAGUGGAGAAGUCUAAAGACACACGAAAGUGAAGUUUCUGAAAUAGCUGAUGAAUCAAAGAUGAGUCUUGGAGGACCACUGGCGUUAGUUUCGAAGGUGUCUGAAGUGGAGGCUACUGAAAAAGAAAAUUCGGAUGAAGAAGGUUUUCUGUUAAAUUCUGAUGAUGAAGCUGUAGCUUUUUACUCGAAUAAUCGAGUUAAAAAGUUUUUCAAAAAGCCGUUUAAUCCUAAAGGGAAGAAGAAUGAGCUGAAAGGAAACUCUACGAAGUCUGGUGAAGAAGAGAAGAAGAAGUUUGAAAAAUCUGAGAAGAAGGAUGAAAAGAUGAAGGAGUUUAAAGGUGAAAAGAAGUUGAAAGGGGAUUAUGGCAUCGACUGUCAUUACUGCAAUGGUUCGAAUCAUUUUGCAGUUGACUGUAUGCUUCGUAAGAAAGAAGAAAAGAAGAACAAAAACAAGGACGAAGCAUAUUAUGUGGAGAAAUUGGAGGAAGUUCAUGAGAAGGCGAAAAGUUUGUCUCUAGUGGCAAGAAGGGAGAGUGAAGAUGAAGAAAGUGGCACGUAUUAG